UAUUAGACGAUCACUGACUGUAUAUAAAGACGAUCACUGACUGUAUAUAAAGACGAUCAGCUGCAAACGUGAAGCUAAAUUAUCUCGGGUGCGUGCACCGCCAUCUUUCUUGCAGGAGACGUCAAAUUGUCGUUUGUAGCUUAGCAUUAGCUUCCUACUUCUGUCGAUUGUACUUUCGGCCUCAAACAUCACGAGAAUUAACAUCUUCAUUUGUGAAUUUCAUCUCUGAACAAAACGCAUCACAUUCAUUUUCAGGGGGCAGAAUCUCACGGUCACCGCGGCGACCCCAGCGUCCCACUGAAACGCGCUCUGUUUUGAGCGGGACGUUUAGUUUGUCUGCCAGCGUCACAAGGACACGUUGUUCGAUGCCGUCAGUCGCACGCUCUGAUGCCCACUGAGCCGGUCCACCGCUUCACUUCAUCAUGAGCCGUUAAAUCCACGGAAUCCACCUUUAAUCACAGAGUGUAACCAACAGGAGCUGAACGGAGAGCUGAGGCUGCAGAGUGUGUGUGUGGGGUGGAAACUCUGAGUCCUCCACAUUUGGUCGACUUUGAGAGACCGUGUCUCCCGUGACGUCACACGACCCUCCUCCUCCCCCCGGGACCCUGGGACACCAGCAGCAGCAGCAGCAGCAGCAGGAGGAGGAGGAGGAGGAGGAGGAGGAGGAGGAGGACAGACCGCAGCGGCGGAGCGCAGGCAGCCGGACGUCAGACGCGCUCUCCUCCACUGCGCCGCCGUCAUGUUGGACUCUCUCUCCUUCCUGCUGGAGGAACUCUUCCUGCUGGCGCACGUCAAGCUGCCCAGCCUGCCGCCUCCUCUGGGCGGAGGGCGCGCGGAGCCGCCGCCGGUGUCGCGGCGCUGCGACCGGGACGACGCGGCGCCGCAGCCCGUCGGAGCCGCGCACAAGUUCCAGCGCGGGGACCUGCUCGAGGUGCCGCGCACGCUCUUCACGCACUUCGGCAUCUACCUGGGCGACGGGCGGGUGGCGCACCUCAUCCCGGACGCGCUGCCGCUGCUGACCGCCGACGGCCGCCGCGUCCAGCGGAUGGUGACCAACGCGCGGCUGCUGCUCGGGGUGAUCUGCAAGCGCGCCAGCAUCCGCGUGGACUCGGUGGAGGACUUCGCGUACGGCGCCGGGAUCCUGCUGAACGCCGCGGACCGUGCGUCGGCGGCGGCGCGCCGCAGCCCGCUGCCCGGGGAGGAGGUGGCGCGGCGGGCGGAGCGGCUCGUCGGCGCCGUGUCCUACAGCCUCCUGUGGAACAACUGCGAGCACUUCGUCACCUACUGCCGCUACGGGAGCGCGCAGAGCCUGCAGACCGACCAGUUCUGUGAGUGGCUGAAGUCGCUGAUCCGGGACCAGCGCACCGUCGUCCUGGCGACGCUGCUGGGCCUCCUGUCCACGGUGUGUUGGGGCGUAUCCCCCGGCACCGCCCUGCCCGCCCUCCUCGUCCCCUUCACCCUGUGGAUGGCGAGCUAGACGCCUUCAGGGGCGAACAUGGAAAACCGGCGGAGAUCGACCGCGUUUCUUUCUUCUUUUCUUUAUUUCCUGACUGGUUUGUGCGCUUAGAAUGAACAGAAGAAGAAGAAGAAGAAUUAGUUAAUCGAUAGCAUUAGCAGCGUUAGCGACCAGCAUAGUACUGAUAGAUGAUGAGAAGUCGAGAUGAAGAAAAACAGCCGACGCGUCUGUGUUUUGUUGGAGGUGAUGAUACUUCAUCUGAAUUCAGAAUUCAAAGAACCAAAGAUCUUUUUUUUUAUCCCCACGCACAUAAUGUCAAACAUGUUAAAGUUUCUUGAAACACUUCACAGGUAGAUUUGGUCCAGAUCGGUCGUCCGAUCCAAUCAGGUCCGUUUGUUUUUCAUCUAAAACUGAAAAUCUUCCGUUAAAAAAAAAGGAAAUUUGAUUCCGAUUUUGAAUCACGUUUGUACGUGUGAGUCCAUGUUGAUGAAGUCGAUUAUCUGUGGUGGAAUAUUCCACAAAAUGAUUGUUGGGAAAAAAAAAGGGUGAAAAAGAAAAGUUCCUUCUCGUCUCUGAUCCAGAAAACAUUGAUGCGAUCUUUAAUUUUGGUGUUUUGAAUGAAAUAUCCAAUAUUCACGGUCUCAUACAUCUGGAAUAACUUUUUUUUCUCUUUUUUUUACCCCGAAAAGACUCAAAGUGAAUGUAAAAAAAACCCUCAACUAUUCGAGAAGCUCAAAAAAUCCAAAUAUGAAGGAGAAAAUCAUGCGGAUGGAAGUGAAGCUGGUUUCAUUUGACGACAGCAAUAAUCAUUACAUCAUCUGCAAUCUUUUUUCUACAACCCUGUCACUUUUGUGACGUCACUGCUUCGCUCAGCGGUGGAAACUCAAAGUCAGUGGCGGCCAUCUUGGCCUUGACACCACAGUAAGAAUACCACGUGUCUUUUACCUUGUGUCCAUUUCAGCCCCUGAAGCUCUUCUGUAAAUAUCUGUAAAUAUCCGUCUCAAACGUUUUGUACAGAAUGUAAUUUCUUUUUUUACGACGCUGUCACACUUUUCUACUGUGUGUUUUUAAAGAUGUAAAUAAAGGAAGUGGAAGUAGA